GGCUGGUGGUGGUUAUUGUGUUUGAUGGUUGUGGUUGGCUGGUGGUGGUUAUUGUGGUUGGUUGUGGAGGUGAUGGUGGUGUCAGCGUGCCGAACGAACAUCUGUGUGAAAAGAUUCCCGCUCGUGGCCAACACCGGUGAUGAUUAUCUCAACCGGUCCUGGGCCUCCCCUAGGUCGACUCGGACUCAAACGAGUACCCGGUGCGGUGCGUAAUAAACAUCGCCACUAGGGAGACAAAGGCGGCCUGGCGUGGUGUUGGCCACCCACCCUUCGUGUGCCCUGCCGGCCUUCGUCGGUGUUCGCCAACAGCAGCGGUCGCUCCUACAGUCUGUUAAGGCUACAGGGGCAUCUAUGGGGGUUUCUGGUGUUGUUAGGAGUGAUACUUUGUGGAGGUUUCGAUUGUGAUGAUGGGGGUUGUGAUGGUGUUGAUAAUAUAAGUGGUUACAUGUAGUCUUGCUUGUCGUGUUGUUGUUGGUGGUGCUGUUAGCAGUGGUAGUGAUGAUUUGAGUAUUUUUUUUAGUGGUGGAGGUUGGCACAGUGGGGGGCACAUGUGGUGACAUCUACCAGCCAUCUGUUAACCCAUGGCCUGUCACCUGCCAUGGAGUCUUAGACUCGCAUCAAGGUGGAGGUUGCGUUGGUGAAUAUUCUGGUGAUGGUAUGGAUUAUGGUGGUAGUGCUGUUAGUGGCGGUGAGGGCUUUGUUGGUGGAUGCUGAAAUUGAACUGGUGUUGAUGGUUGGUAGUGGUAUUGAUAGUAAUGCUGGUAAUUGUGCUUGUUGGUAGUGUUACUGGUAGUGGCGAGGGCCUUGGUGGUUGUGGAGUUGCGGUUGUUGGUAAUGGUAAUGUUGGUGGUUCAUUUAGUUAAUGAGAUGAUAUUGUGUUUUUUCUGUUGAAAACAUCGCAAACAGUGUCGAUGUGUGUGUGUGUGUGCGUGGAAGCCAUUGACAUUUUGUCGCUUGGAAUUUUGUGUGAUUACAAAAGUUACAGAGUGCGCCGUCCCUCAAAAUAUUCUAUAUCGUGUACUUUAAUUUGUUAACUUAGAUUCAUCAUCUUACUCUAUUCAGUCACUACUGACUCCUGGACAUUCCGUUCUCAUAUUGUUCUUCACGUUUUCCUCCUUUUCUGACAUUACAUUUCCUCAUCAGUAGUCUAAUAAAUAUAAUUAUGAAGAUUAAUUUCAAGUGGUUACAUUGGUACAUAUGUCCUUUGUUUACAACGAUCCCCCCGUAUAGCCUGAACAGGCUGUUGGGGCAAAGGAAAUGUACAAGUGAAGUGCAUUUGGCAAUAAAUUCCCCAACACCAAUCGGAAUGUUUCGUUAUCUUUUUCAUGACAUGUGCAGUUGUGUAAAGUAAUCUUAUUGUGAAAUAAAAGUAAAUCGUUGUUAGAGGGACACAUCUGGAACAGAAUGUUUAGUGCAGUUAUUGAAUGUUGAUCGGAAUCAACAUUAUUUAAUAAAGAAGCAUAUGGCAACAGCAUGCAGUGUUUUUGGAUAAACUAUAGUUUGAUAAAGGCAACAUACUAAUGUAUCUCAACAAAAAACAUGGUCAGAUCCAAAAACAUGUUUACAACUAUACAAAUAAGCAUGGAGAGGUACAUGCUUAGAUUUACAUUGAGAGAAAGAGGAACACAUGGAAUAGAGACAUAGCAAUUUAAAAGCCAAUAUUUACUCUGAAGGAAAGUAAGUGGACUUGGUGGGAGAUUAUAAGAAGGGAUGAUUGGUACAUUAUUAAGAUGUGUGGACUUAAUACAAGACUGGUGAUGGAAUGGCAGACAAAGGAGAGAACACUUCCAAGAGUGUGACCGCUGCAGAAAAUCUAGUGAGCAGAUCUGCUUGUGAUUGUGGUAUUGCAAGAAAGAGGGAUGGCGAUGGUGUGGGGAGGCCUUCGUCCAGCAGAGAAUUGAACAUGGCUGAUGAAGAUGAUUACUUUUUCUUAGCUGGCCAAAAUGUAAUACUGUAUUUCAAUUUGUGGGAUUAUGAUGUUCCUUGUAGAUAUCGGGGCCUCACAUUCAAUGCAAACAUGUCCAGGGCCCCGAGCCCCCCACCUCCGUCUGAAAUGUCCAAUGCGCCCAUCGCAGAAAGCUGGUGCUACACACAGGUUAAGGUCGUAAAGUUCUCUUAUAUGUGGACCAUCAACAAUUUCAGCUUCUGUCGUGAAGAAAUGGGCGAAGUUCUCAAGAGUUCUACAUUUUCAGCAGGCACCAAUGACAAAUUGAAAUGGUGCCUACGCGUAAACCCCAAGGGUCUCGAUGAAGAGAGUAAAGAUUACCUCUCGUUGUACUUGUUAUUGGUCAGCUGUCCCAAGAGUGAAGUCCGCGCCAAGUUCAAGUUUUCUAUUCUUAAUGCCAAGGGAGAGGAAACCAAGGCGAUGGAGAGCCAGCGAGCAUACCGCUUUGUCCAAGGAAAAGACUGGGGAUUUAAGAAAUUCAUUAGAAGAGAUUUUUUGCUUGAUGAAUCUAAUGGCUUGCUUCCAGAUGACAAACUGACACUCUUUUGUGAAGUUAGUGUGGUGCAGGAUUCCGUGAACAUCUCUGGUCAAUCCAGCAUGAGUACAUUGAAAGUGCCAGAUUGCCGGCUGGCAGUUGACUUCGGGGAGAUCUGGGACAAUUCCCGCUUCACAGACUGCCUGCUUCGUGUUGGUGGCCAGGAGUUUAAAGCACACAAGGCCGUAUUGGCAGGUCGGUCACUCGUUUUUAAUGCUAUGUUUGAACAUGAAAUGGAAGAGAGCAAAAAGAAUCGAGUGGAGAUUAAUGAUGUAGAGCCUGACGUGUUCAAGGAAAUGAUGCGUUUUGUCUAUACGGGACGGGCUCCAAACCUCGAGAAGAUGGCUGAUGACUUGCUGGCUGCUGCUGACAAGUAUGCAUUAGAGAGGUUGAAGGUGAUGUGCGAGGAGGCACUAUGCACAAACUUGUCGGUGGAAAAUGUUGCGGAGACUUUGAUCUUGGCCGAUUUGCACAGUGCAGAGCAGUUGAAGGCCCAGGCCAUUGACUUCAUAAACAGUCAUGCGACGGACGUAAUGGAGACGGCGGGCUGGAAGUCCAUGGUUUUGUCUCACCCUCACCUGGUUGCGGAUGCUUUCCGCGCCUUGGCCACGGCCCAGUCUCCACAGCUGGGACCUCCACGCAAGCGUCUCAAGCAGACUUAACAGUGGCAGGCAAAGAACAUCUACGACCAGGAAAACUUGAGCUGCACAGUGCGGUUAUUUACCUGUGGCCUCCAUGCAAACAACCGUGAAGACUUUGCAUCAGACUACCAGCUUUCCUCUGCAUUGAAAAUCAUGUAAAUUUAAGCAAAUAUGUUUACUUUCACAGAAAGGUGGCCAAAUUCACUUUACCAUGUAAUAUAGUGCUACAUCUAUACAACUACGACCCUAUAAACAAGUACAUAUUUAGAAUAAGUGGAAAACUACAACCUAAUAAACACCACGACAUAUCCCAAUUGAGAAAGUGUAAAAUUAAACGUUCGAUGUGAUUGUCCCUCCCUGUUGGCAGGACAAUUUAGUUCAAUUGUUUAGUUAAGUAAAAACAGAACGGUCUAAAAACCCUGAAAUGUCUACCUUAACACUCGGGAUGAGUAUUCGUCCAGUGUCUGUGUACUCAAGGUUACAGAUAGUGGUAUAGGGAACAACCAGUUCUGAAAGGUAAGAAUGUGCCAAGCCAUAUAAGGCCUUAAUUCAAGAGGUAGACUUUUGAGAUUGAUUUUUUAUUGCACAGACAGCUUAUGCAUUGACUAGGACAGAAGUUACUAUGAUUGCUAAGUUUUAAGACUGACAAAGAUAAUAUUGCAGUCGUCCAUCCUGCGUAUAACAAAGCAUGGAUGAAGUGCUCAGUGUAAGAAAAGGCAAGGCAGCAUCAAUUUGGCUAUGUUACACAGUUGAUAACAUUUCACUUUUUUGCUUGUAUGGGCUUUCAUGUAUGACCCAGAGAUGUUUGGCUUACAGCAAGAGUAAAUCUUAUUUCCAUCAAUGUUGUAGUUUUUAUUCACAGAAACAAGACGUGCUGUUUUCUAAGUAUUGUUUUGUAUUAUAUUGUCAUUUGUUUUUAUUAUGAAUCUCAUCUAUUACCCACUCGUAGCAUCAGGUCAACCUAGAGUUUUACGUGAUUGGAAGGACCAUAAUUUUCGCAUCAGCGCUGUUUUACGUAACCUCCCAUUUAAAAUUAAAUUAUACAUAAAAGUGCAUAAGCUUUGAAGGAUUAGACACACUGAUUUUGAAGCACCAUUUAAAUAAUAUUCAAAGCUGCAGGAUAAAAUGAAAGUACAACACAUGAGCAGUGUCAUGGAUUUGAGUCGAUUUGAAGAAUAUUACAAUCUAAUGCAAAGUAUGUGUUUGGGAUAUGAACAAAUGCAAACGACAAGAAUGUUGGAGUUUUUUUUACGUGUUAAACGUACAAAAACAAGUUGGUUAAUACAUGCAAAAUUAACGAUAGCCAGUGUUGUAAGCAGUCUAUUUAUUUUGUAUUUGUUUAAUAUUUUAGUUUCGUCCUUAAAAUAUAUUAUAUGCUAAAGAUGUAUAUGGUACAGUGCACUCUACCGAUUCAUUUAAAAAUGGAUAAGGUGAUUCGGGGAAGUUCUUUGUUGCCAUGGUGUGAGAGUUAAAGCAUUGAAAUCUGAUUGGGUUUCUCAUCUGCAGCAAGUCUAUGCUGUCAUGAGUGAGUGUGACAAAAACUCUUAGAAGAGUGUGGUGGACUAAUUGACCCCUGAAAUAUAUCGGACAGUGACCGGUAAUGUACUCUUCAAAUUGUUGCCUUGUAUGAUUUCCGAAAUUGAAAAUACUUUGCGCCAAAUGUAAAUGUUUAUUGGAAAAUAGAUAUACUGUAACUGCCAAAAAAUAUAUAUAAUUGCAGUAAUAAUAAUAUGGCCUUUGUAAAAAGUGUGUGUUUUGAAAAAGUGUGAUUGCAUGCAAGACAGUUUUGAGUUCUUCCCACAAGUUUUUUUUGCAUAUUCAGAGAUGAAAAUAUGUUAUAAUGGUUUAAUUUAAGUUUUUUUGCUACAAUUGUAAUACAAAAAUAUAAACUUGAAGCUAGUAAUGCGGUAUAGUGCCCCAAUGUUUGACCUUUUAUCUUUUUCCAUUACAGAUAAUACUGUUCUGGAUGUAAUAUAAAUGUUUUGUAAGGCCCUUUUACAAUGAAUUGUCAGCAGAUGAUUGGAAUGGCAAAAUGAACCAUUCUUGUAUAUUACGUGUUUUCUAAAUUGAUUUGCAUUAUAAAUGGCAAUAUAAACCCUUUUCAUAUGGUAAAUAUAUUGGCGUUAUCUGAUCUCUUCUAGAAACCAGUAUUUGGAUAUUAGAAAAAAAGCUGCUUCGAGCUCUGCAGCACUCAUUCCACAUUUUUUUUUCAUUAAAAUUGUAUUUGAUAAUGUUCAUAUUUUCAUUUGUGACAUUUUGCAGUGUUACUCUUUGGUUCUUUCGGUAAAGUCACGUAGAAAGAAAUUACUACGUGACUUUACCGAGUAAUUCCUGCAGUCACGAAAGCUUCGAAUCGAUUUUGCAGUGUAUUUAAAAGUUGAAUAAACAUGAAUGUACCUGGAAAUAUGUCCAGUUUAAGUUGUAAUAUUUUUUAUUGUGGCAAUGUUACAGGUAUGUGUGUAUAUGUCAAAUUUCAAUUGACACCCAACAGCAACAUUUGAACAAAUUGUAUUUUGGAGCCAAAGGUAAACUUGAAGUGUAUAUUUCCUUGCCACUUUUAAAGGCAUGUUUACCAUGUGUUGAUAAACAGUUCACUUGAGAAUU